AUGUCUGCCUCUGACCUCCCCACGAAAACGCAGCUCACGAAGAGCUGUAACGCUGCGGAAAAUCUUCUCGAUUCGCUAAACAGUCACACAAACAUUACUCUCAUCAAUCGAUCAAGAAUCGUCCCCUUAGUCAAAGCGUUAUUCACCUCACUACAACGCCUUGAGGACGACGAAUCUGAUCCGGACGGCGCUUUCCAUACUGCAGCCACACGCGCCCGACUCAACUUGGCUGUCAACUUAAGAUAUUGCGACGUCGUUGCAGAUCGUGUACAGGAGCGCAUCGAUUCCAAUACACUGCGACGUGACGACGAUCUCGGUUUGGAGCUGUUGGCCGUAAAUGCUGAGAUUGAACGAUUCCUGAAGCUUCGUAAAAGAAAAGCCACCGCCACAGCGCAAGGCAAACAAGGAUCUACAUCAGACUCGUCAGCAAUCGUUGAAGAUCUUUUACGAAAGCAGGAGAAUCAUGAAUCUGUGGUGGAAGCCUUAGAGGCCGAGCUCCGUACCCUGUAUGCUCGUGAAAGUACCUUCGAGCAAGAAAGUCUUGCCAUGAACCAGGAGAUAGGCGAACUAAAGAAUCGCAACGAAGCGAAACUCUCUCAUAUUCGUCGUUUGCAUGCUGCUAUUGCGAACCUUGGCCUUAGACAUCCCAUGCCUUAUACAACACAAGACUGGGAGGAACUGAGUGUUGAGCUGCCAGCCAUGGUUCAAAGAAUCGAGAAGAUCAAUUUCACGCUCAAGGAGCUGGAACUGGAGCGCGACAAACGAUAUGACCAGGAGUGUGAUUCUGAGGAGGACUCGAUCCAUGGCCAAGUGCCAACUGUACCCAAGGCACCAUCAGCAGGGACUGGACCUAAGUCGGCAACCAAAGAGAAAGACAGGGAAAAAGAUAAAGAUGGCGACAAGAAGAAGAAGGAACAGCGAAGGUCAGUGGAUGCUAAGGCCACCUCGAAGAUUAGGAGCCCAAGUCCGACCUCGAGCGAAACGAGCAAAGCCAACACAAGCAAAUCAGUGAGAAGGAAAAGCCGACACCACCACCCCGGAUCAGGCUUCUUUUUUGGGACAUGA